CCUUUUGUUUCAAAACUUAGCAUACUGUCUUCAUGAGGUGUUUUGUACCAUUUAGUUCUACAUCUGCACAAAGCCCACACGCAGAGACUCCUGUGGGGCCAAUUUAGUCGAGUCUUUGCGCGGUCACGUCGAAUCCGCGGUCCCGUCAUGUCGACUGCGCGCAGCAAACCAGCUGCAAACAGGGAAACAAACGAGCUGCUGCAGUGAUCGGAGCCGGUGGAGCAGAAGACCGCUCGGUGUUUUACACACAAGGACCUGCUUGAUGGAUCUAAUCCAGUGUGGCAAUUUAUUUUUGAAAUGACAAAAUUUCGUCUGGCAAAUGAAUCAACAAAACAAUUUCCAUGUUAUUUGUCAUAGAAAGGAUUGGUAUGUUCUUUGAAAUGCGUUUGGAAAUGAAUUAAGAAGCUGAACAUUUUCAAGGGAGAAAGACAGAAGUAUAAAAGAGGGGGAUUUGUUUUUGACAAUGGAACCAUCAGGAGGUGGAGGGAAAUCAUAUGAUGAUUUUUAAGUGACUGUUCAGACCCAGAAGAGCACAUACAACAGUUGCCAGCGAAUGUGAAGACUGGGAGAAAGAGCAGCACCAUUCCCCACUGCAUAUGCAGUCAGGGUGUACAGGAGCGUACCCAUUUUUGUGGAUUUCUCAUUCUUUAAUGUGGAUCUAUUGCUUUAGCACCACCACUGGGACUAAAAAUGGACCUAAUUCCUUCACAGGUUGCCUAUAUAAUGGUUUACUGCAUUAUAAUAUCAUUGCUCUGAGAGGUGGAGAAAUGUCUAAAUUUAAGAUGCAAACACCUCUUGGAAGAGGAUAUGUAAGAGACACUUUUCCAAAAACUGUAACGACUGAUUGCAGACUAAGGUUUCCGAUCCAUUAUUUCUUCAUGCCUGUCUUCCUGCUGGUCUUCUCCCUGGUUACACCUGCCUAUAGCAUUCAUGUGGAGUCCAUCGAGAGCCACAGUGAGUUUACCUGUGAGCCCAUCAGACUGAGAAUGUGCCAGGAUCUGCCUUACAACACAACAUUUAUGCCCAAUCUUCUGAAUCACUAUGACCAGCAGACUGCUGCACUAGCAAUGGAGCCUUUUCAUCCAAUGGUAAACCUGGUGUGCAGUGCUGAUCUGAGGAUGUUCCUGUGUGCACUGUACGCUCCAGUCUGCACUGUGUACGGCCACGUUUCCAUGCCAUGCCGAUCCCUUUGCCAGCGGGCCAAGGAUGAGUGCCACAAACUCAUGGAAAUUUUUGGCGUAGCCUGGCCAGAUGAUAUGGAGUGCAGCAGGUUCCCAGAUUGUGAUGAGCCCUAUCCUCGUGCAGAGGACCUGCUAACAGGCUCUGAACCCACUGACCAAUCAUCAAUGACCGUCCAAAGAGAUUAUGGUUUCUGGUGCCCCAGAGAGCUCAAGGUCGACCCAGACCUGGGUUACACUUUUAUGGGCAGGAAGGACUGUUCUGCCCCAUGCCCCUCAAUGUUCUUCAACCAGCAGGAGCUCACCUUCAUCCGAUACUUCAUUGGAGUCGUUUCCAUUGUUUGUCUGUCUGCAACGCUCUUCACCUUCCUGACAUUCCUGAUUGAUGUUACAAGGUUCCGGUACCCUGAGCGGCCAAUAAUCUUCUACGCUGUGUGUUACGUCAUGGUGUCGCUGGUGUUUUUCCUGGGUUUCCUGCUGGAAGGCAGGGUCGCGUGCAACCCUGUCAGCCCUUCCCAGUUCAGAGCAUCCACCAUAACACAGGGCUCCCACAACAAGGCAUGCACCCUGUUCUUCAUGGUUUUGUACUUCUUCACUAUGGCCGGCAGUGUGUGGUGGGUCAUACUGACAAUCACUUGGUUCUUGGCCGCCGUGCCUAAAUGGGGCAGCGAGGCCAUUGAGAAGAAAGCCCUCCUCUUCCAUGCGAUUGCCUGGGGCCUCCCAGGGGCCCUGACCGUCACCCUGUUGGCCCUGAAUAAAAUCGAGGGAGAUGGGAUCAGUGGAGUGUGUUUCAUAGGGCUGUAUGACAUAGACGCCCUGAGGUGGUUUGUUCUGGCACCGCUCUGUGUCAAUGUGGCGGUUGGCGUCUCCCUGCUUUUAGUGGGCAUUGUCGCUCUGAACAGGGUGCGCAUGGAAAUUCCUCUGGAGAAGGAGAACCAGACCAAACUAGUCAAGUUCAUGAUCCGGAUGGGAGUGUUCUCUGUGCUGUACCUGGCUCCCUUGUUCACUGUGAUUGGCUGCUACAUAUACGAGCACACAUACCGGAAGAUCUGGGAGAAAACAUGGAUGGAGAACAACUGCAGGCGUUAUCACAUCCCGUGCCCAUACAAGGUUGAGGAGACCAGCAGGCCGGCCAUGGUUUUGUUCCUAAUUAAAUAUCUGAUGAUGCUCGUGGUGGGGAUCCCCUCUGUUUUCUGGGUGGGCAGUAAGAAGACCUGUUUUGAGUGGGCCAGUUUCCUACAUGGACGCAGGCGCAAAGAUGGGGUGAAUGAGUCUCGCCAGGUGCUGCAAGAGCAGCCGGACUUUGCUCAGUCUCUGCUGCGUGAGCCCAACACCCCCAUCGUUAGGAAGUCCAGAGGGACAUCCACUCAGGGUACUUCCACACACGCCUCCUCCACCCACUUAGCUGUUCUAGACGACCUAGAUGAACCAGUUAGAACUCACCACGGGCACCCCUCCUCCACCAGGAGUAAGGCCAGCAGCGUCCACAGCAAGGCCAGCUACCACGGCAGCCUGCGCCGCACUCGAGAUGACAGGAGCGAUACCGUGGUUUACCGAGGUACAGAGGACCGCAGUUUCCAUGGCAGCAAUCCACGUCUCGACCAUCCGCUCUCCACUCACAGCAGCCUCCAUCAGAUAGACAGCCACUCGAGGCACAGCAGCCAGCGAGACGUGUCUGAGGCGCCACCUACCCUCAUCACACAUGGAACGACGGCGAGCGACGGGCGAGCGGCUGAGAACGAAGGCACCAGCGCCUGAGACACUGGAUCAGUGAAAGGAUGGAGACGUGAACUCAGCAGAUACACAGCAGUCUGUUUGUGUUUUCUUUUUUGAGGAUGGGGAAUGUGUCUCUGAGUGCUGUGUUGGUAAUCUGUGGUUGUUUGUGAGCAGUAACCACGACUCCUCUAAAUUUUGAUGGAGUUUUGCUGUAAGGUGGACCAGUUUGCUCACUGAAUUAUUUUGAGUUUACACCUGGUCUGCUUGAUUCAACAGGCUGAGCCAACAGGAAUAAAUCCUCGUCCUCAGAUCUUUUGGUGACACUCGAGACAUUAUUCAGGGAAAGCUAGCAAUGGAAACAAACAGACACUGACAAAGGUGUAUCUCAGUCUGGUUGAUAGUGGCAUCAUCCAUAUAUUGGUGAUCAUCUUCCAGGACCUAUAUGAAUAUAAUGUUAAAUACGUGAACACUGCCGACUCUACUGCUCUGGAUCGCAGCUCUUAAUGAGUGACGUUUGUCUUUGCGUGGCUUCAGAAAAUGGAAAAAAAAAAAUGGGCCUAAUGUGAAAUCAUGGACCUCUCUGUGGUUUAUUGAGUUAUUUUUAUACUGUGAAGUUUGUCUUCUGCUGCUGAAAGCUUCAUUGUGUGUGUGUGUGUGUGUGAGUGAGUGAGAAAGUGGGAAAUGGAGACAUCACUAGUCAUGUGUUUUUAAAUUUUAAUUCUCCCCUUGAGCUUGAAGGAGGGAGCUGAAAGAGGAAACGUUUUCCAACCAUGAAUGUAAAAGGGUUGUUUCAGAGUGAUAAAGUAUGGCCAUGGCUGUAAUGGAUCGUCUGUGCUCUUAUUUACAUGCACAGAUAUUUAUUUCAAGUCAGCCAAAAAAGUAUUUUAGUACUGACAUAUACAAUAUAAAAGGUGGACAUAGCUACCAUGUAAUCACCUACUAGUUUGUAAAGUCCCAUCUUGAAGCUUCGAUGAGCCAUCUCGAUGUUUUGAAACUGGAUGUGAUGGAAGAAAGCUGGUUUGACUGUGAAACUACACACUCAUUGGCUAACAUCCUGUCAAUCACAAGCUAUCAUUAUUAUUAUAUCACAAGUUAUUUUUAUUCAGCGUGAUCUCAAACGAGUGGCUGAAACAACCACAGCUAUCGCCCCCUGGUGACCAUAAAACAGAAUGCAGGUUUAAGGCGUUCACAACUGGAAGCCACGUCCAUCUUUUAUACAGUCUUGUGAAUUGUCUGCACUGAGGCUUGAGCCUGGCAAAGAAGCGAUAAGGCAACUUUGGAAGCAAGCAAGAUAAUAUUUUACACAUCAAAUGCAUGCUCAGUGUUUUAUAAGAAUAAACGAGAUAGCAGGUCAAAAUCUAAAAUAUGCCUCCUGUGGCUUUACAAUCUGAUUAACACACAACCCCAUGUUUUUACCCUCUGAAAAAGAAAGCUGAUAGAUGUUAGGUGAGAACAAAAUCAGUGUAUUCAAACCCCAUGGCUGCACAGAUAGGACUGUAAUUUAAAAUGGAAACAGAUAGCAGUGCUUCACAUGGGUUUCCUUUAGGAAGGAAGUGCUUUUUUUUUUCCUUAUGUAAUAAUCACCAAUGUACUAUAAACACCAAAACUUCUCCUGUAAAUGCUCUGUGAUCAUCUGUAGUCCCGUUCCUCAGGCUCAAACUUGCCCAAAGAGGUGCAGACAACUGACAGUCCAACAUUAGAAAAAGAAAUGUUCAGUAAUUGUGCUUCAUGUUCUCUGACAUUUAUUUUCUGCUCUUUGAGCAAAAGGAAAUUAAUAUUGUUUCAUGUUCAUGCAGCUCCGUUUCUUCCCUAAUCCUAGAAACCUGAUUAACCUACCUCACCUGGACCCUCAGCUUUCUCUGUACUUGUACAUUCAUGCUACUGGGUGCUGUUCUGGAAAGAAAGAUAUUGAUCUUAAACCUAACAUGAUCAGUUCUGAUAAAAAAUAAAAUGUGGUGCUUAUUUGUGAAGAAUCUCAACUCUCCUUGCAGUAGAAUAUCUGUAACUGUCUCUCCAUCCCACAGUCUACCUCUUCGGUUGAAGCCAGGCUUAUCCUCUGCCUCUCACCGUUGCCUCGCUCCUCUCCUCUCUGUCUGUCUUUUUUUUUUAAUUUCUCAUGAGCAGCUACGUGCUGUCAGCUUGUCUGCCUGCAUAUUUCUUGUACAUAGAUUUUUUUUUUUUUAAUUCUGUACUGUGUGAUGACUAAUCUGCCUCACAUCUGCCUCUCCUCCUGUAAAUGUGCCCACGCUAAUCUUUUUUUGGACCUACAGCAACUGUCUGUACUCUUAGAAGUCAUGACUGCUUACAAACAUCAACCGUUGUGCUUUUUACCCCUAAAUUAGACGUUACAGUGAGACGCUGUCGUAAAUAUGUCAUAAACUCGAUAAAGACGAUCUCGCUCAGCUGUUUGACAUCUUUUCUUGUUCACUUACGUUAACAGUAAUCUCCCACAGUGAGACACGAGGAAGAUUUCUGAUGUCCUCCUGUGAUACAGCUUCAAAGUGAACUACAUUAGCUUGAAAACACCAUGGAUUUUUCAUGAUGCUUAAAAAAAAUGUGUAAGAAUUUUGUGAAUUUUGAAACUUGAGCUGUCUUUGCCUUUUAAUUUAUUUGCAGUUUGGAACUGUAACGAUGUCUUUUACAUGCAGUCUAAUAAACUUUUUUUUUUUUAAAUAGA